UUGUCUCGUAUCGCCUAGAGUGGGGGGAGUGAACGCCGAAGCUGGAGGGAGACGAUGAGUAUCAGAAAGUUAAGUGCUGAAGAGUCUCUGACGCUGUACUCUCUACUGAAAUCGGAGCAGCGUCCACUGGACGAUGUCAUCGCUGACUUCAACUCUAAGAUCUCUCGCCAACACCAUUUCACUGUCUGCUCAAAUAUCGUUUGGCUCUUGGAGGACAAGAAGAUUCUUAAAUCCACUGAGCGCUUGGUUGCUUUUGCCAUCCUCCAUCAAGCGUACUCGUCACAGAAACCUGCUUCAAACCCCUUCAUAAACUUAAUCGUAAAGGCCGCCUGUGAUGAUGCAGCUGAAAAAUUUGAAAGGGCAUUUAUUCUCGAGCUGCUAGGCCUUGAUAGCUCAAACAAUAGCAGAGAGUUUCUUAAGCAGUCUGCGGCAGAUUAUGUGAAAGGAUUUGAUCAGUCGUUGCAUGUUUUCCCACAAUUAGAUCAGUUGCAGCAGCAGUUUUCUGUUAAAGAGCACCCUGAACAAUAUAAGUGCUUAUUUAAAGAUAAUUCUGUCAAAAAUGCAGUCCCAGAUCCUGAUAUACCACAUGGUUGUGAUGCAAACUCACCAGAGUUUGAUAUACAACCUGGAACGAAAGCUAAAUUUGGAUCUGGAGAUAAAGAUGAGGCAGUAUCUGGGCUGCUGUCAAAUCUAUCACUGGAAGGGUUGAGUCCUCGCUGGAUCAGGCCUCGUCCACCCCGACUACCAGUACAGGAUGGAGAGCUAGUUUGGCUCAACCCCCAUGACAAUCAUGAACUUCAAUGGGACUAUGGUAUGUGUGUUGAUACUAGCAGAGGGGCAGCUGUAAGGGACUUAAUUGCAAAGGCUCUGAAAGGGGCACUUGCGCCAGCACAGCAAGAGCAAGUUCUGGUGGAGCUGGCAAAUGACCCCAAGCUUGUAUAUCACUGUGGGCUGACGCCCAGAAAGUUGCCAGAAUUGGUGGAGAACAAUCCCCUUAUUGCGGUUGAAGUUCUAACUAAGUUGAUAAAUUCUCCAGAAAUUGCAGAAUACUUCACAGUACUUGUGAAUAUGGACAUGAGUCUUCAUUCUAUGGAAGUCGUGAACAGGCUUACAACAGCAGUUGAACUUCCUGCUGAGUUCAUUCACAUGUACAUAACUAAUUGUAUAUCAUCCUGUGUGAACAUCAAGGAUAAGUACAUGCAGAACAGGCUCGUGAGACUUGUAUGCGUUUUUCUACAGAGCCUUAUUCGAAAUGACAUUAUUAAUGUGAAAGAUCUUUUCAUUGAAGUUCAAGCCUUCUGCAUUGAGUUCUCAAGGAUCAGAGAGGCAGCUGCAUUAUUCAGGCUUCUUAAAUCCUUGGAAUCAGUUGACCAAAAAAAAUCCUUGGAAUCAUGAUUUGUGACCCCUCAAAUCUUCAAUUUUCCCUUUCCGGUUGUAGAUAAAGUAUGUAUAUCAUUCAGACUUAGCUCUUUAGCGCUGGGUUCCCAUUUUCAGUGACGGACAAUAAAGAUUGCAGUUGAGACUGUUGACUUCCUCAUCCAUAUGUCUAAUUAAUAGGGAGUCAGGAAAAGUGGAAUUUCAUAUUUGGGCCUCUUGUUCUUUAAAGCUAUUAGGUUAGAUGCAUUUUUUUCCCCCCAAUUAACAAGCCAUUGAGUAUUCAAUAUUUAGAUUUGAACCGUGUUAGGUCACAAUUCAGACUAGAAAUUUAUGAAGGGUGUCGAGUCUUUUACGUCAGAA